UUUGGCUAUGAAAAUUAUAGUUUGAUUGAUUACUACAACCAACAAAACUUAAAAAAAUUCAAUAUGAAAUACCUGUUCGUUUGCAUCAGCUUGGCCCUCUUCGCCUACAUCAGCGCUAACCCAGCUUAUGGUGGCCAGCGUGGAGGAUAUGGUGGCGGCUAUGGCGGCGACCGUGUGGCCUAUGAGGUCGUGAACGGCGGUUAUGGUGGCCACAAUGGAGGCUAUGGCGGACACAAUGGAGGCUAUGUCCAGCCCCUCCGUUCUGCUCCUUCGGCUCCACGUGCUGCUGCUGCUGCUGCUUCGGCCGCUGCUGCUGUCCGUCCUGGCAGCUACCAGCAAUGGGCUGUUCCCAGCUGGGAGAUCGAUGGUGGAUACAAUGGCCCCAGCCACGGUUAUGGCCGUCGUUAUUAAUUACCCCCCGCCAAUCCCGAUCCCAACCCCAACCCCAGUACUCAAAUCUUUGUUCAAUGGAGCGGAAUUGAGAACUCAAUAAACGAAAAAAAUCCCCCAUGCUGAAUGCAAAGCAGAAUGGCUGAAUAUUGAACGAAAAAAAAAGUAA